AUGCCUGCGAAUAAAGUCGACUUGGUGAACAACUGGGCAGACAAAUUGUGGCUACACACAUCAAUCUCGCUGGAAGCACUAGUACAUGUAGGACCUCCACAGAACUUUCUUUCAAUCAGAAGUGCUCCUGGCAAUACCAGGGGUCUUUUAGUGGGGAUUUGUUUUUCGCGGACGAGAAGACAACAGUUGGUGCCUCCGAAACAUAAUCAACGUCAUCAUGCUCAGUCAACCAGCGCAACUUUGUUGUGCACCCUGUUAUUUAUGCAAUUUCCCACUAUGCACGGAAAGAAAAUUAUAAAACUAUCUUAUACCACCAUGCCUCCAUAUAUAAAUAUACUUAUAUUCGCUAUAAAUAGGCGUGGAAAUGGAAUCCAACUAGAAGUUAACGAUUCAUUUGAUGAGAAGUGCCACUCGAUUUCUUUCCGUGUGCGCUGCUACUGAUGUUGCUAUUUCAC